AUGGACUUGAACGGCGAAUGUAAGGGAGGAGAUGGGUUCAUUGACAGAAGCAGAGUCAGGAUUUUGCUUUGUGACAAUGAUUCCAAGAGCUUGGGAGAGGUUUUCACUCUCCUAUCUGAGUGUUCUUAUCAAGUGACUUCGGUGAAAUCAGCGAGGCAGGUGAUUGAUGCACUCAAUGCAGAGGGACCUGAUAUCGAUAUCAUACUGGCAGAAAUUGAUCUCCCAAUGGCCAAGGGUAUAAAGAUGCUGAGGUACAUCACACGAGACAAAGAUCUUCGGAGAAUCCCUGUGAUAAUGAUGUCGAGGCAAGACGAGGUCCCUGUCGUGGUAAAGUGCUUGAAGCUAGGUGCAGCUGACUACCUUGUGAAGCCUCUUCGAACCAACGAGCUUCUGAACUUGUGGACACACAUGUGGCGAAGAAGACGCAUGCUAGGACUUGCUGAGAAGAACAUGAUGAGCUAUGAUUUUGAUCUCGGAGGAUCUGAUCCAAGUGAUCAUAACACAAAUAGUACCACCCUGUUCUCUGAUGACACAGAUGACAGAAGUAUUAGGUCGAACAACCCGCAGAGAGGAGCUUUAAGCCACCAGGAAAAUGAGUGGUCUGUGCCAACUGCUCCUGUUCAUGUUGGCCAUGGUGGUCUUGAUGCUGAUGGCACAGCCACUUCUCCUCCUGCUGUUGCCGCUAUAGAGCCUCCUUCGAAUCAUCUUGCUGGGCCUCACCAUGAACCAACCAAAAGAAAUAGUAAUCCAGGGCAAUUUUCUUCAGCGCCAAAGAAAAGUAGAUUGAAGAUUGGAGAGUCCUCCGCUUUCUUCACAUAUGUCAAGUCUACUGUCCUGGGAACAACCAACUGUCAGGAUCCUCCCCAUAUCAAUGGGAAUGGCUCACUUCAUCUUCGUCGCGGUAUCUCGGAGAAGCUUCAAGUGGUGGGCCUGGUGGCCAGUGAGGGGAUCAACAACACCAAACAAGCACGCCAAGGCAGAGUGACCGAGAAAACCCAUUCUCAAGGAGAUAACUUACAAAAUGGUGCCAGCUAUCCAAAUUCCCUUGAGCGGUCUCGCACGCUUCCUACAUCAGUGGAACUUCAUGGGAGGAGUUACCAAGAAGGAAACAUGAAUACUGCCCAGGUUGCUGUGAACAGAAGUAAGGAUUCAUCUCUAGUUGAUGCUUCGGGUUUCUCUGCACAAAAUGUCUAUCCUUACUAUAUGCAUGGGGUCAUGAACCAAGUUAUGAUGCAAUCAGCAGCCAUGAUGCCUCACUAUGGUCAACAACUUACUCAUUGCCCACCUCAUCAUCUGAACGGAAUGACAGGAUUUCCUUAUUACCACCACCCAAUGAACACAUCGUUACAUCACAGUCAGAUGUCACAGAAUGGUCAGGUGCCUUUACAUAAUGGUCAUAUGUCUAUGGUUCAUCAUUCUUGGUCACCAGUAGGGAAUCAGUCUUCUAACGAGGUGAGGGUGACUAAACUUGAUAGAAGAGAGGAAGCUUUGCUCAAAUUUAGACGCAAAAGGAACCAAAGGUGUUUUGAUAAGAAGAUUAGGUAUGUGAAUAGGAAGCGCCUUGCUGAGAGGAGACCGCGUGUUAAGGGUCAGUUUGUUAGGAAAAUGAACGGUGUAAAUGUUGACUUAAACGGGCAGCCUGACUCUGCUGACUAUGAUGACGAGGAAGAGGAGGAAGAAGAAGAAGAAGAGGAGAAUCGGGACUCAUCUCCUCAGGAUGAUGCUUUGGGAACUUAA